AGCCGCUGGGUGUCCGUGUCCUCAUUGUACGUGUGUUUGUAAGAACAACUAAGACAGUACGAGAAGGUAUCGACAGGAUGUCUGGCGAGAAGAAAGCAGCCAACGGGGGAAAAGAGAGUGGGGCCCGACAUGGUGCCGAACAGAUGAUGGAAGAGAUGCGGCAGGGGCUAAGUUAUGAGCAAACGUACUACAACCAGGUCAAUGCGUAAUUUCUCAUAGCGAGAAUUGUUGUAUUUCGUUGCAGAAAAAGAUUUGUAGGUAGAUGAGCAUGAGUGUGCAUUUAUAUGUGCAUGUCACUGUAGUCAGUCCUCUGUCGUGAAGUAUGUGGUCUGUGCAUGUUAUUCGUUUCCUUCAUACUCUGAAUGGCAAUCCCGACGCGGGCAUGCGAUUUGACUUUGCGGGAGGUAAAACUCUUACAGGUGGAGAUGGGUGGCGCACAAACGGGCCAGCCUGUUUUGCACGCAAUGCACCAGGAGCUUCAUCUAGUAGCUCCAAGAGCAGUGGCAGUGCGGACGCAGGAGAUGCGAAACCAACUUCGAUUCGUUAUUGGAGUUACUAUAUUAUCAGGCGUGGCGAGAGUAAAAGCAAGGAAGAUGCGAACCAGGCUUCUAAGACCCCGUUCGGAAGUAGUAAAAAGACCACUAGUAAAGCUUCGGGAGCUCGCGACAGGGCUUUAAAGAAGCUCAACAAGGCUCAGAAGGAGGGGAACAAAUCAACAUCCGCACUUUCUGCUUCUCGAGGAGACAAUCAUCUCGAAGUAGAUCAAGCGGAGUCUUCGGAAAAAUUCGCUUUAAUUAAGGGUUACCACAUCACAUUCCUCAUUACUUAGCAUCCAGCUUGGCCUUUUUUCAAGUAGAAAAUAGGUCAAGGAUGUUCUGAAGAAUGUAAUACGGCAAUCUUUAACUUUAUGGACGAAUUGGCUGAGUGGCUCGUAAGUUGUUACCGAAUGCGCGUGCAUGACGAUCUUCAGUGGUGCGGUGGCUACAUGCGAGGUCCCUACGCGCCGUGGCGCACUGCGGCGACUGUCUGUGCAGAUUUCCUACUCUUUGUGAAACUCGUCGUCAAACGCGAAGCUUUGCCUCGCUCCUUCGAUUUCGACUUUGACCGAUUUCUCGAUCGCGCUGCUGACCUGCUACCCUUGCGGUUUCAAAAGGAGCAUGCCAAAGUCAGGUAUAUUUGUUGUGAUGUCGCGGACGUUCUGAAAGUAGUUUGUAGUUCUUCAAUUCGAGGAAAAAUUGUUCUUCGUGUCCUAAACGAUAUGGUGAU